CAAAAGCAUAGAAAGAUCAAAUAGGCUGUGCAGUUGUACAAAUCAUGAAGUCGUCUGCUGUCUUUCAUUUGUAGGGUAAUGAAAAGGAACGCGGGUCGCAGAGGUCUGUUCGCUUCCAUUCUAAUGAGAAUCAGUAGUUGCCUUUUAAACAACGUACGCGAGAUCUUGCGGAGGUUAUAAAAAGAAAAUGGAGAAGCAGUCGCUCUUAUAUGUUAUGUGCGAUUAUGUCAUAACAAUAAAAAUGUUAAUGGAAACUUAUAGAAGCGGCUCAUCAUAAAAGUUCUUGAUUUCAAGAUUAUCUGAUAACUUAAUAGAAGUUACUUGGAAUUAUGAGAAGGCAUAGCAGUCUUAUUAUCAAUUUAUUCCGUGAUAAGUAAUUAACUUUAAUAUUAUCUUAAGAGCAUUCGGUUUGAAUAAAAUUGUUCUAAUAAUAAAGAAAUAAAGAAGAAUUUUGUUUAAAUGAAAAAAGGUGUGAUUUAUGUGCACGGAUUUAAUUUUGACGUCAUUUAAAAUAGAAUUAAGUGUAGUUAGAUUAUUUGUUUGUGUUUUUGUUGAAAAUUAAAAGACGGAUUUAUAUUUCUUGGAUAUAAUGAUGUGCCUACGGGACCAGCAAACAGGGUUCCUGCGACCCCCGGACAGGUGCCACCCCUAUGAUUGCUUCCCGCCGACGUUAGCAGGACCACGCCCGCCUCCUGGGGACUGGUUUCCACCAUACGAAGGCUAUCCUCCGGAUGAAUUUCAUCCGUUUAUUGAGGCUUUACUGCCUCAUGUGAAGUCUUUCUCCUAUACAUGGUUCAACCUACAGGCAGCUAAAAGAAAACACUUCAAGAAACAUGAGAAACGAAUGUCAAUGGAGGAGGAGCGUAGGGUCAAGGACGAGUUACAGAAUGAAAAACCAGAAAUCAAACAAAAGUGGGCCUCAAGGCUCCUGGCAAAACUACGAAAAGACAUCACACAGGAGUGUAGAGAAGACUUUGUGCUUAGUAUCUCGGGUAAAAGACCACCACUAUGUGUGUUAAGUAAUCCUGAUCAGAAAGGGAAAAUGCGGCGAAUAGACUGUCUGAGACAGGCAGACAAAGUAUGGAGACUGGAUUUAGUAAUGGUGAUAUUAUUUAAAGCUAUUCCGUUGGAAAGCACAGACGGGGAAAGACUUGAAAAGUCACCGGACUGUUUACAUCCGAAUCUGUGCGUGAAUCCUCACCAUAUAUCAGUAUCUGUUAGGGAGCUAGAUCUUUACCUUGCCAACUUUAUACAUAGUUAUGUACCGGACCCUCGAGACCCACGUGCUGAUUACCAAGAGAUACCGAUGAAUCAUCAUGACCAGGAUAUUAAAGUGCCGGGCAACAUUCAUUCAGGGGUAUCAGGCAAUGACAGCAUUAUGGCCACGGGGGUUUUCAGUGCUAGAGAAUUAAUGCGGGUCACAAGACACCCCUUAGACCCGUUAGAUGGCGACCAAGACCAAUAUGAGGAAGAGGCUAACGCAUCUAUAAUGAUGCCUCCGAACGGGACACAUCCCAUGUUGCCGCCCCCAAAGAUUGACAGCCCUAGUUACUAUAACUACAGUCCCCAUCCUCAGGACCCUAACCAGCAACAUAUGGUUGCCAUGUCGGCGCACCACGGAAUGCCGAAUGGCCAGUCCCAACUCAGUCCCUCAGGAAAUCCUCAUAAACGAUUGAAACGAUCGACAAUGAGCUCAAUAUCAUCGGCGGAUGAAGAUCAGGAGAGCGUUGGUGAUGAUACCGAGCAAAUGUCUACGUACUACAAAUCCGGAGGCAUGGCCGGUCAGUCCGGUUGGCAGGACCCGAAUAUGGAUCCAGGUCUUGUAGCAGCACAUUCAUCUUCGGAGCUGCUUUCCCCUCAUAUCAUACACACAUUGAAAGCCAAAUCCUCUGGGGAUGGUAAAGGGUUCGCGCCUGUUAUUUCCCACCAUGAGGUGAGAUCGGAUCAUGUGGGAACACCCCCUAGGCCUCUGACUAACCAUGUAGGUCAAGCAGUGGAUUCUAGUCAUGAUCGUGAAACCCCGCCACAUCAUCUCAGGGCCACAGAAAUCUCGGACAGUGAUGACGAGGAGAAAAGCUCGCCGAGAAGUUCACGGCAUGCGUCUGUGAUCAGUGCUAGUUUUCAGCCGAUCUUCACCACUCUAGUUGGUAUGCAGCCAAUGUCAUUAAAUUCGAGUCAUGGUCAUGGACAGAUGAAGUUUCCGGAACAGCCAGGCCACAGUGGUCACAACAGUGACACUUUCCAGGAUUUUGUAUCCCUAGUGUGCCAAGAGGCCAAUAAUCCCUCACAGCAAGGCCAGUCAACGCCCCCUUCUCCACCAGGGAAGAGCUCAAGCAAGAUGCCUCACUAUUAUACCCCGGGGAUGUUACCCCCACCCCCACCACCUCCUACAUUGGCACGACCGGUUGCUAUUUUGAGAACGUCAGAUGGGACAGUUAUUAGCACAAACAGUUCCACUUCAAUGUCAAGCUCCAUUAUUAGCAGCAGCGGUGGUCAGCAAGUGAGUAAUUCUCCUGGUACCCCUCCAGCCAACAGAUCUAUUAUGUCUAGUCCUUUCUCAGUCUUACAGAGGCCGGAACACGGCUUUGCACACAUACACCCACAGGGACAUCAGUUGUUCUCGUAUCCAAAUAUAAGUCCAGUCAAUGCAUUCAGUGGAGUUAUCAGUCCAACAACACUGAGUUUGAUCUCGUCACCCGUGGCAACGCCACGUACGACACCAAGGUCGACGCCUAUACCUCGUUGGACCACACCUUUCGGGAUCCCAUUAGAUGAUAACAUGGACUACAAUAGUAUGCUUGCCACUAUGAUGCAUGUAAACCCAGAUGAACCUCUUAUGAGUGAAGAUCGAAUAUUUCCAGUGAUUCAUAACUCAGAGGGUAUGGAUCAUACAAAUGGAAACAGCAACGGUAACAGUAACAACACGGGUAAUGGAGGGGCGGGGCAGUCAGCUGGCCCCUCCCAUGUUCCAACCCCCUCACACCAGGGGCCUGCAACUCCAGGGCCACCAACACCAAAACAACCAGCACAGGGUCAACCUCAAGGCACCUGACAAUCACAGUAGUGCGGUAGUCAUUUGGGGGUGGGGCAGUCAAACUGAAGGGGGUGGGGCUAAUUAUCACCAUGGUGAUUAAGGAAUACAACAGUCUGAACUGAUGCAGUAAGACUAUAUUUGUCAUCGUGUUUGUCCUGGCAGAUAUUGUAUUAUUACAUAAAGGUUUUGUUUUUGUUUUUGAUAAAAAGUUUUAGAGCAUAUUGCCAUUUGUUUUUGCACUCUAAAGAAAUAAUUUCAGCAACAAAGGAAUAGAUUCACAUUUAAACUUGGCAACAUUGUGCACAAAUUUUCUUUUUCUUUUAAAAAAAGGAUGAUAUAUACAAACGAUUUGAACACACAAAUGAUGUGAACACAAUAAAUCGGACAUGUAAAAAUAAUGUUAAAAAAAUAUUGUUGUCAUCAUGGUGGGUUUAUUGUGGGUGGGGAAUAUAAAUUGAGAUUGUGCACAAUUAAGUGCUGAGAACGGCUGUGAUAGAUUAACCAUUGUUGUUAUUAUUUAUUUUUUAUUAUUUUCCCCUUUAAUUGAAAGCCUAAGGUGAGUUGAAAGCUGUUUCAUCUCUUAUGUAUGUUGUUAUUUUGUUUUUGAUUGAAUUAAUGGAAUUCACACAAAGUCUGAUUUUUUAAGAAAAAAGGUAAAUCUGAAAGAAUCAAGUCAUUGUCUAACCAUAAAAUAUUCAUUGGAUUAAGAGUCAGUUGAUAGUAAGCUUGUCCUUUUUUUGGCAUGAUGUGUGCAUCUACAAUAUUCAGGUUCGAAAUCUGUGAAUCCAUGGUCAUUCAAGCGUUUGCUGUAUGCAAUGUCAAAUUGAGUCAUACUGGUUCACCUCGAGCAGCGAAUGCUGUUUAAAACUUAAGACGAUAUGUUAAAGACAGUGUAACGUGUGCCAAAAAUUGGAUAAGAAUUACACGAGUUUGGGUUUUCCCUAAUCAUUUCCAGAUUUGGCAAUAAUUGCACGAGGUCAGUGCUUUUGUGAAGCAUUUUCAGGACCAUUUUAGCACUUUUAAAGACAGCAGAUAUGAUCGUGAGUAAUCUAAAAGCUGUCAUUACCCAUGAGGUUUCAGAUGUUAUAACCACAAGCAUGAAAUCAAGUCACAAUUUUCAUGGUUUUUUGUGCUCUGCCUUUGUCAAGAUUAUUUUUCACAAAAUUAAUUCUCAUACUAAAUAAGCCUUUGAACUCAAAUGAUGUAAAUAAACAAAUAAUAUCCAAUUGGCAGUAUUCUAUUUACUGUUUUCUGCAUAUAAGUGUUCAGUGUUACAGCCCGAAUGCUUGAGCAUCAAUGGCUCAAAUGGACAGUAUUUCAAUGUGCGAAGUUUUAAACAUUACACUUGACAACUUUUUUGUGUAUAGCUGUUGAUAUGUUCAUAUUGAACAAAACUAUGCAAAUUUAAUUUAAUAACCAGUUUGUUGAUAUAUUUCUGUUUUUAUUUUCAUGAAAAUUGCACACAUGUUUAUAUAGAGAAAAGGUAGAACUUUUCUAGUUUAAGACUGGUCAAAAAUUGAAUAUACUUUGAACAAGGUAGUCCAUGGUUUUAAAUUAAAUUGUUUAAUUGUCCUCAUAAGCAGAGAUAUUCUUGGUUUGAUUAUUAAUGUCAGUUUAUCUUAAAAGAUUAACUGCAUUGUUUUUUACUUGAUAUUGCUGUUUCAUCAUUUAUACUCUUUGAAUUCAAAUUUGAUGUUUUAUCAACAGACUUGUAAAAAUAUAUACGGGGUAUGUUGAUUUAUUCAUAAGAUUUUGCAAAGCAAUUCUUCCAAAAUAAUUGGUAUUUUUGACUUUCAGAUGCAAUUGGAAUAAUAAAAUAAUACUGAUAUUGAUUUAAACAUUGAUUGUUAAUCUUUAAGAGAUUUUGUAUUGAUACAGAAGCAUCAACAGGCUUUUAAAAUGAAAUACUACCGAUAUUGAUUUAAACAUUGAUUGUUAGUCUUUAAGAGUUUUGCAUUGGUACAGAAGCAUCAAUAGGCUUUUAAAACGAAAUAAUACUGAUAUUGAUAAAAACAUUGAUUGUUAGUCUUUAAGAGAUUUUGCAUUGAUACAGAAGCAUCAGUAGGCUUUUAAAACGAAAUAAUACUGAUAUUGAUAAAAACAUUGAUUGUUAGUCUUUAAGAGAUUUUGCAUUGAUACAGAAGCAUCAGUAGGCUUUUAAAACGAAAUAAUACUGGUAUUGAUAAAAACAUUGAUUGUUAGUCUUUAAGAGAUUUUGCAUUGAUACAGAAGCAUCAGUAGGCUUUUAAAACGAAAUAAUACUGAUAUUGAUAAAAACAUUGAUUGUUAGUCUUUAAGAGAUUUUGCAUUGAUACAGAAGCAUCAACAGGCUUUUUAAACAUUGUUUUGUCGUCUAAGUAGCAUCCAUCUACAUACGAAACAAACACAUGCUUCACCUCAUCUGUUACUAUGCAUAAAAUAUGCAAACUUGUGAACUUUGACUCACAACCAUUUCAUGUUAUGUACACAGUUAUGUAUAGCACACAUUUUUUUUUUUAUGUAGAGUAUUUCAAAUGUAAUUUUGAAAAGAUCAUGCUUAUUACUCAUUCAUAAAACAAUUAUCAAAUUUUUUCUUGUUAGAAUGAAAUUUUUAAAGGUGGUUAAAAAGUUUUACAAGGUCGAUGUAUGUAUUGUUUUAGGGGGAACUGCAUAAGAAACAGAUCUUGAUGUAUGGAACUGUUUGGUGCCUUAUAUCAGUAUAAGUCGCUGCAAAAUUCUUAAAUUUACUUUGAAUUAACUCCCUUGACUUGAGAAUGAAGAAUGAAAAGAUUGUUUCCCUUAAUUCGAUAAAAAAAGAAAUAGCUCCGUAAAUUACUAGUAAAUGGAUUUUCAGUACAUGUCUGAACAUAGGUUUAGUUGCACUGACAAAACAGACCCAGUUAAUUCUCUCUUUUGUUGUCAUCAGUUAGAAACAUUUGUGUUUUUAGAUUUAAGGAAGAAAUAAAUUGUUAACAAAACCUCAGGGUUUUAUGCAGUUCUUUUCUACAAAUCGGUGUUGUGUCAUAAUCUACCUCAUAAAAUCAUGAUAAAAAUGUUGAGUAUAAAACAUUUAUAAUGAAAGUUGACAGAUUUUAUCGAAAAGACCUGUUAACAUAUUAUUGGAAACAGACUAUAGUUUUCAUAUCUCGAAGUAUACAGUUUGUUUCAAUAAAAAAAAAAUCAGGAUGCUGAUUGUUGGUUUGCAUAUAGGUACAGUUAAUUUGAGUUAUGUAAAUACAUGUAUUUUGGAAAGUUUAUUACUUUGCUUUCUUUUAAGUAAUCAUGUUCAGAAAGGACAGAUAUUUUUGGAAUUUAGUUUCACUUACAUAUUAAAAAGCUUCACAAAUAAUGGUUUAAUAUAUGAUGUUCAUUUUACUGCUAAGUCAGCCAUGUUUGAAUUGUAAUGUUAAUCUAAUAAUUUAUUAAUGACAUAAAUGUAAGGUUACCUAUCAGUAAUGUCUUAUAUGGCCAUAUGUAGCACACGUUUUGAUACACUGAUAAUAGUCACAUAGAAUUUGCUUCAGUUGUUGUGUAGCAGGAAGGUGUGUGGUUCUACCCCGCUGAUGCCAAAACAACAGUGCCAUAGGGACACCUUUGGGUUCUUCACUACCAAAAAAGCUGGAGAGUCACCAUAUUUACUGAACUGUAUCAUUGUGACAACAACACAUGAAAACAGUUGCAGCUUUGACAUUAACAUGUGUAGGUUCCUUACAAAUGACCUUUGGUAGCUUAAACUUUCUUUAGUACAUGUAUAUAUAGUAGAAAAAUCUGUGCUUUUUAAGCAUCAGUCAGUUAUUUAACCAUCUUUAUAAACAUGAUUAUGACAAAAGCUUGCAGAGGGCACAUCAGCAAAAUGACAAAAGUUUCCCAGUUCAGAAAAAAAGCAUAUUGUAUUCUACAGUUAGAGACAGAUAAAAAAAAGGAUUUUUUAACUUUUCAUUAUGAAGAAUAGAGUUAUAUAUCUGGCUUAAUGUUGUAAGGUAGGCAUUUGAAAUAAAAUGUAAAUGUAGAAAUAUAUGUAGGCAGAACUUUCAGCAAAACAAAAGCUAUCUACCGAAUUUCUCUACUGUCAAAUGAAAAAGUGUCACCAAAAUUUCAACACUACAUAAAGUGGAUCAAUAACUUGUGUAAGUUCUAUGUUUUUGUGUUGUUGGUUUUUUUUUUGCAAAUAAGCAAAAGGUUGAGAAAUUUUAUCAAUGACUUGAUUAUUUUUUUAUGCAUUCCAUAUAGGAAAAACUUGAACUUUUGCAUACAAGCUAAAAAUAAUGCUUAUCGUUCUUCUGAGCUCUUUGCGUGAAGUUAAACCCCCGUCUUAUAAGCAAUCUGUCUUGUGGUUGAGUAAAUAUUUCAAAGCAGACUAAACAAUUUUGUUUGUAUGUACUUUGAAUUUGACAGAUGAUUAUGAAACUCGAAAAUCUGCAUGGCCUCACUGAAUUGGUGACCUCACUGAAUUGGUGACCUCAUUGAAUUGGUGGCCUCACUGAAUUGGUGGCCUCACUGAAUUGGUGGCCUCACUGAGUUGGUGGCCUCACUGAAUUGGUGGCCUCACUGAGUUGGUGGCCUCACUGAAUUGGUGGCCUCACUGAAUUGGUGACCUCACUGAGUUGGUGGCCUCACUGAAUUGGUGACUCACUGAAUUGGGCCUCACUGAAUUGGUGACCUCACUGAGUUGGUGGCCUCACUGAAUUGGUGACUCACUGAAUUGGUGGCCUCACUGAAUUGGUGACCGCACUGAAUUGCAAACAUAUUCUACAUUUACAGUCUACAGAAAAUGCAAAGAAACCUCAAAUGUCUCUGUAGUAUUAUAAAAAUGGAGAAGACUCAGGUUUAGAGAACUGCUGAGAUACUAGCAUUAAUAGUUUUAAUAUAUUAGUUUACUGUGAUUUCUGCAUGUUUCAAAAUAAACGCCAUAUUAAUGUAUUAUAUGAUACAACUGUUUUUAAAUAUAGACUAUAUAAACAUAUGUUUUCAACAUAUUGUUAUGAAACAAUUGUUUUAAAAAAUAAUGAAAUAAACACAUGUUGUAGAUGUAUGUAACGACAUAAUUGUUUUGAGAAUAGACAUGAUAUAAACACAUAUUAUGAUACAAAUAAAGUGAAAAAUACAUAAAAUAUAAUUGAAUAAUUAUGAUGAUGAAAACUGUCUUAAAAAUAGACUGGAAUAAAUGCACAUACAACUGAUUUAAAAAUAGACAUGAUAUAAAUACAUCUGUUUUAGAAAUAGAUAUGAAAUAAACACAUGAUGUUGUAUGUCUACUAUAAAAAUAGAAAUGACAUAAAAAAAAUAAAUUUGAUACAACUGUUCAAAUAAAAACUUCCAUGACUUUGUGUAAUUUUUUGUCAGAUAUGUAAGUUCAACGUUUAGAGAGUCAUUUUAGAAUACUGUUAAUAACAUAUACUUUAAAAUUUCAGAAUUGGAGACAUUUUAUUAAAAAAAAAUUAAAAUAAAAUAAAAACAGUUUUCAGCACUUUCUAGCUGUGUCGUUUAUCAAGUAAUAGUUGAUAAAGAAACAUUGUAAAACUAUAUCUUAUCCAGAGUGAUGUGUAAUCUACAUUAGUAAUAUUUCGUUACUUGUAAAUUAGAACGGAGAGAUACAUUUCAUUAAUGCAUACACAUUAUAACACUUUUGAAGAACGUAAUAAACUGCAAAAUGCAAAGUGGCUUUUUCCAAUUCUACCUCCCAUAGGCUUAAAGCAUUCACAGUGUUAGGAAAGAAAAUAAACUGCAGUAUUUCUUUUUUUCAACUGGGAUGAAAGGAAUAUGAACUUUGUAAUGCAUGGGAUAACUUUUGUUCAUUUUCGUUUAUUAUUUUGUUGUCAUUUUAUGCAUUUUUGUUUGUAUACAUUAUUUAUUUUUUGAUUGUGUUGUGUGAUCACUGUUUUCCGAAUAGGUGCCAAAAUUAGAUAUAGAUCUUAUCGUUUGUUUCUUAUGUAUAAACUUUUUGCAUUUCUUUUCCUGUCUUAAGAGGACUUUUAAGGGGUCGCCUUAGUUUUUGUAGGUUAUUGAAAUGAGCCGCACCAUGAGAAAACCAACAUAGUGCAUUUGCGGCCAGCAUGGAUCCAGACCAGCCUGCGCAUGCGCGCAGUCUGUUCAGGAUCCAUGCUGUUCGUUGUCAGAGCCUUUUGCAAAUAGAGAAACUGUUAGUGUGCGGCUCAGAUGCGUUUAAUGAGAUCUGAUAUCAAUCAUUAUUAAAUUUUGAAUGAAAAAAGUUCUUGGUCAUUGUUACAUUAGAUCGUGACAUGUAAACAAACAAGUUUUCAAAAAAAAAGAGAAAGAAAUGACAUGUGAACUACGAACUUUCAGAAAACAAUGAACUUAUAUAACAGUAAAAUCAUGUCUCUUUCAUGUUUUUUCUCGUAAGUUUUUUUUUAUAUCGCAUGACUUUUUUUAUAAAAUAUAAACUGAAACAUUUAAACAACAGUUGUUUAUUUAGGUAGAUCUACUAUUUCUUUCUUUAAAGACCCUCUUCUGUACAUAAGGCUCUGUUGAUCAGAGAAUUUAUAGUUUUAGAAAAAGUAGCGUAGAGUAGAAGCUGAAUUUUAAUCAGGCUUGCAACCUCCAUUUUAAGUUGUUUUAACCUGACUUUUCCAUUAGGCAGAAAUAUUUCACCAGAACUGAAUCUUAUUUGUUAAAUUAUCAUAGUUAGUAUUCUUAUCAAAUAGAUAUCGGACAUAUUUUUAACCAUCUUGUAUGUUUUGAAAUGGUUACAUGUUUUGGGUAUAAAAUUUCGGGGUUUUGCACAAAGCCGCUAAUUCGUUGGGUCAUGAAUUUAAGGAUGUCCAUUUACCAGGAUAAAAGAACGUAUUCUUGAUGUGUUUGUUGGGAUUACAUUUUGUGCAUUGAAGCAACCACGCAAAUAAAUCCCCCCUCAAAUAUUAAAAGUUUCACAUCGUAAGAUAUCAAGAGUCCUACAUCAAAGCAUAAAUUUUGUAAAUCUUGCCAGGUAUGUUAUUUGUUAUUCUUUCUAUUGAUUUAUUUUACAUUUUCUUUUUUUUUUAUUUUGCUUUAACAUUUAAACAAACUCCAAUAAAAAGCAAAAUGAAAAAAAAAUUUAAUCUGUGACGAAGUUAUAAUCGAUCCCAGCAUUUUUAACGAGGUUGAAACAACGAGGUGUGUAGUUGUUCUGUCCCUCUCCUCUGUUUCUCCCAUUUGCAACAUCUCCUGUUUAUGUUCACACUACAAUAUCUUGCAAGAAAAGCGUAGCUAGUAUCUUCACUUCCAUCAUUUAGUUUUGUAUUUCGAGCAUGGCUUGGACCUCUUUUUUGAUUUUGAAACUCUGAAAGUUUCGGUUUAUUUUCGCAGUUGAAGCUUCUUAAAACUCAUAUCAAUGUUUUUCAACUUACCAUAUUAGCACAAGUUAAAUUAAACCACGGCAAAGUUUUAAUGUCCACUUUUCGUUGUUUUAUUUUGAUUUUGUUCAAUGUGAUUUUUUUUUUGUACAGCUGUGUAUAUAAGCUUUUAAUUAUUGUAUAUAUUGUAAAUACAGACAUUUUUUGUAUACAUAGAAAUUAAUUUAUUAUUGGAAAACAUUGUAUACGUUGAUGUGUAUAGGACAUUUUGUUAUCAUGGUAACCAAGUUAACACACUGGUGGCUGUGGUUACAAAGAUUGGAUUAUUUUGUUUUGUAAAGUAUCAAAAUACAUCUGUGAUGUGACUGGGACGAGUCAGGACAUUGUAUUGACAUAUUGUAAUGCCUUUGUAUAUUCCGUUUCUCUUUCUUUUGUUGAGGUUUCAUUCAUUUUUUCACACACUGACGGCAUAUAUUUGCUGUUGUUGGCAUAUUAAGGUUACAAGAAACCUGUACUGAAACAAAGAGCAGUUCUGGGAAGUGUGGUAAUUAGUACAAAGUAAAUCACUGUAUCAGUGUGAAUAAUAUUAGAUCUAAUGGUAUGGAGUCACUACAAAAAUACAAAUAGAGAAACACAGAACCAAGUUGCUUUCUACAGGUCAAUUUACAUUGAGUUUUACAAGUAUAUUUUGAAUGUGUACUGCUAAAUUGUGUAAAACUUUCAAUUUUCUGAAUUCAGACACUUCCUGAAAUAUACUGUGUUGGUGCACCGUAAAACCCAAAUAAAUAAAUAACUUCCUGAAAUAAAGAAUAAAAUCGUGCUUAAACACACAUACAAAUAACCAUUUAACUCUUAUCAUGCUGGACACGACUGAUUCUGCCUUUGCCACCAGUGUAGAUUAUUAUCAGACUGCACGUCUGUGCAGUCUGAUUAUGAUCUACACUGUUAAUAUCCAGUCAGUAUCUUUAGGUAUGCACCCCUUUUAGCAGUUAAUGGUACUGUCCAGAUUGAAAGAUGGAUAAGUUUAUUAUAGAAAAUUAGCAGGGUAAGGGUUAAGUAUGAAAUCACAGCCUCUCUGUUAUGGUAGAAUAGAUACUUGAGAAAAAGUUACUUCUGUUUGACAAGAAAACAUGCAAAAAGAAUGGCUGUGUGUUCAGCUUGAUACAAAUAUCAGGUUUAAAUGGAUAGAACACAUAUUCCUAAGCCCGCCCACUUAGCUCAGUAGGUAGAGCGUUGGUCUACGGAUCGCGAGGGUCGUGAGUUCGAUCCUCGGGCAGGGCGUAUGUUCUCCGUGACUAUUUGAUAAACGACAUUGUGUCUGAAAUCAUUAGUCCUUUACCUCUGAUUCAUGUGGGGAAGUUGGCAGUUACUUGCGGAGAGCAGGUUUGUACUGGUACAGAAUCCAGGAAUACUGGUUAGGUUAACUGCCCGCCAUUACAUGACUGAAAUACUGUUGAAAAACGGCGUUAAACCCAAAACAAACAAAAACAUAUUCCAAACUUUGUGUAUUGUAAAAGCCAAGUCUUCCAUAAAAAUCCUGUUAAAAAUGUUUAUUCAACUAACUUCCUGUUUAUAAGCAGCCUUUUGUUAAAAAAAAUUGACCUUUUUGCAUUUUAUUCAACUGUUUUUAAGCACUAUUUGAAAUAAAUACCUUUUGUGUUGUUUAGUUAUUUUGUUCUUGGGGAAAAAUAUAUUCUGUAUCUCCUAUGUACACACAGUGGCAGAUUUUUAACAUAACAUUUGCCACACACUAACAACAAUAGCUUUUGAUAUGACUGAUCGUUUCGCUUUAUCUUAUCAACAUUAUUUCUCUUCCAGAAAAUCCAAAUCUUUAUCAACUUUUGAAAUUCUGCUUGAAAGAAGUUUUUUGAUUCCAGUAGGUUUUUAAAGGACAAAGUAAUUGAUAUUUGGGAUUGAAUCUGAAGUUAAUAUAUAUGCUUGUUGUUUUUGAAAUAUUUAUUGCAUUUCAUAAAAAAUGUUGCCUUAUUACUAGAGUGGAGUCUUUCAGUAUUAUGCAGUUAAUUAUGUUUGCAUGCAUUUUGUAACCUUUAAAGAAUCACUAUCAGCUUUAAAUGUCAACUUUUUUUACCAUUUAAUGUUGGAAGUAAACCUUUAAAUGUUCAUAUUCUUAAAUAUGUUUGCUUCUGCAAUUUUUAAAGAUUUACUAUCUGGUUUUAACUGUCAAAAACUAUUUUUUCAUUUUACAUUGAAAGUUCAUCUUUAAAUGUUUAUUUCUUUGUGUCUUUUUGUUCCAUUUCAAACUAGCUGAAGAUAAUACCAGAUAUUUAGUACUAAUGCUUGACUGAAUUCAGAAGAACUUGAAAAAAGUUUCGGAAACAGAUAGUGGUUCUUUAAAUGUUGCUAAAUACCUUGUGUAAAGCAAUAAGUUUGUUAUGAUAUGCUGAUAAACUGAGAAGCGAAAUAGGAAAACUGUGUCUAAAAAUAAGCAUUGGCCAUAACACUAUGCAAUUUCAUGGAGACAUUCUGUAAAUAUAUCCAUAAGUUACACGUGUUACUGUUUGAUUUUAUGAUAUCAUGAUUGUAACUCUAUAAUACAAUUGUUUCAAGUGUGCACAAUAUUUAUACAAAAUUACAAACCAGUUUUCACUGGUGAAUGUGUUUUUAAUAAGGUUUGACUUGUCAUCAUGCUUGGCUAAAUUUCUGCUUUGACCAAAUAAUAUUAUGUGAUUAUGGAGUAGGAUGCUACGAAAACAAUCAUAAAGAAGGGCUUCCUAAGUGUGACAUCUGUCCAUUCUACUUUUCUGUUGUCUAGUUUAUUUUUAUCUUUCAGGAAAUAAAAAAAAGAUAAAAAGGCACCCUCAAAAGUAUGAAUAAAAUUGAGGGUACUUGUCAUUACAGUUUCAUUCAUGUUUUAGAAUUGUUUGAUAAGUUUCAAGUUUCAAAUUUGGUGGUAAGAAAUGUAAAUUUCUUUUUUUUUAGGGAAGUAAGUUCAAUCUUUGAUGUUACUGUCUUUUAGUAUCUUUGAACAGCAGUACAUUUUGUUUUUGUUCUAAAACCUUUUUUUUUUCAAACAAUUUUACUGUUGGAGGGAAUUUUCGUUUUUGAAUUUAGAAGUUUUGGAUAUCUAUUUAGGGAAAAGAAAAAAUGGUUUAAUUUUUUGUUGCUAUAUACAGCCAGGCCUGCUUUGUUAGGUAAAGGAACAUAUGACUUAAUUAACUGUAGGAAAAUUCUCCUAUUAGUUGAUCAGAAUCAUGGGUAUUUAAUGUUGUUGUUUUAGGCUAAAUAUAGAACUUUUAAUUGUAAAUUACAGUGAAAAAAUCUGUAGAAUCUCACGAAAUCCACUUGUAUACCAAAGAUAGAAUUCGAGGGCUGAGCGCGAAACUAUUGUAACUGUAUAUGAACAAAGAACAAGAUGCAAUAGUUUCGCACUCAGCCCACGAGAUGUGUUUUAUUGCAUGUAUUUGAAGUUUUGAGAUAUUAUGUGAUCAUCCUGGGGAAGUCUUAUUGCCUUAUUUAAUAUGUAAAUUGUAAAACAAAAUCAGUAAACACUCAUAAUAAAUUUAUGUUGUAUAACGAAAAAUAAAGCAGGUGAAUUGUCUAUUUUCUGUGUGUUUCUGAAUUUUUAUUUUUAUUUUGGGAUUUUUCUUUAUAUGGCUAAUACUCACUAAUACUGGUAAAAAUUAAAAACUUUAAAAAAAUUUCUUCAAGGGAUAUUACCCCAAAAGUGUCAGCUGUAAUUUCUGUGAACCAGUUAGUUUUUUUAAAAACACUGUGGAAAACAGUCUUUGAGCGAUCUUUUUGGACUGUUUUAAGUACCAGUAUGUCUUUUUAGUUACAUUAAAGAGACACUGCUGUCCAAUGUAAGUCAGAUUUUUUCAUUAUUGAGAUAUUAUAAAGAAAAUGACAACAAAUUGGUUUUGGAAAGUUCCAAAAAGUACUUAUUUAUAAAAGUGCAUGUAAAAUUAUACAAAUUUAGUUAUAGUAAGAAAAAAUUGUAUGAAUUAGCAUCUUAAAAUGUUAUGAACUUUCACCAUCUCUUCUGGUAACUUAGAUA